CAACAGCAAAGUCGCUAAACUUAAAGCGAAUAACUCAAAAAUAUAAAAUAAUGGCUUACGUGUUACGAAAAAUAAUCGAGUUACAUUUUUACUGGAAUGACGAGUGCAGCGAUCCGCGAGUUCGUGAUUGGCCCUUGAUGCGAGAUCCGGGCGCGGGAUUGUUACUUCUCGCGGGUUAUUUGUACUUUGUGAAGAGUUUGGGACCGCGACUUAUGCAAGAUCGAAAGCCCUUCAAGUUGGAUGGAAUUAUCAAAUAUUACAAUUUGCUUCAGAUAAUUUUGUGCGGAUCGCUUGUUUUUGAUGCGAUUCGUUUGGGAUUCUUUACGAAAUAUAGUUUGUUGUGUGAGCCGGUUGAUUACACGGAAAGUGAGUUGGGGAUGCAAACAGCACGUCGCGCAUAUCUUUACUUUGUGAUAAAAGUGAUCGAUUUGCUGGAUACGGUUUUCUUUGUGUUGCGAAAGAAGCAGAAUCAAGUCACUUUUUUGCAUGUUUAUCAUCAUACGGGCAUGGUAAUGCUUUCAUGGGGCGGCGCAAAAUACUUCCCUGGAGGUCACAGCGUCUUAAUGGGACUCUUGAACAGUUUCGUGCAUGUCGUUAUGUACUUUUACUACUUCCUUACGUCACUUAAUCCCGAACAUAAGAAGAAUCUUUGGUGGAAAAAGCACAUUACUCAACUUCAAAUGAUCCAAUUCGGCAUGAUAGCUCUUCACUGGAUCGUUUUGCUCUUCAAACCAUGGCUGAAGCCGGAUUGUAAUUUCCCGUGUUGGCCCACAUUUAUUAUCGUACCGCAGAAUCUCUUCAUGUUUUUGCUGUUUUUCGACUUUUAUCGCAAAACUUAUUACCGCAAACCGAAAGAAAGUCGUUGUUGCAUUGAAAUGGCAUCUCAAGUGAGAAUUCCGUUAGAAUUUCUUGUUGACAAAGAAGUCGACAAAUGGCCUUUGAUGAGUUCGCCAGUUCCCGUGAUCACGAUUUUGGUCGCUUAUUUGGUGUUUGUGCUGAAAGUUGGUCCGGAAUGGAUGAAAAAUCGGGAGCCGUUUCAACUGAAAAAUUUUAUGAUUGCUUAUAAUGCUUACCAGUGUUUGUUUUCUUGUUGGUUGUUCUCGCAGGCCUUCGUUGAAAAUAUUUUAACUUACAUCUUCAGUUUUGGAUGUCGCACAGCUCGAGAAGAAAAUCCCGAAUUAGUUACUUUGAUCGUAAACUGCGCUUGGUGGUUUUUCUUCUCAAAAGUCGUCGAACUCUUGGAUACGGUCUUCUUCGUGCUCCGCAAAAAGCAAAAUCAAGUCUCAUUCCUUCACGUUUACCAUCAUUCCGUGACAUGUUUCUUCUGCUGGGCCUACCUCAAGUACAUGCCCGAUGAGCAAGGCGUCGUUAUCGGAGCCCUCAAUUCGUUCGUGCACAUCAUCAUGUACUUUUACUACAUGGUUGCCGCAAUGGGACCCAAAUACCAAAAGUUCAUUUGGUGGAAAAAGUACAUGACGUGGAUCCAACUCACGCAAUUUGGCUUGAUGCUCGUUUAUUUGGCGAUGGUGACGGCGUUCAAUUGUCGCAAGUUUCACAAGGUCCUCACAAUUUGCUUCUUCAUCAAUGUGGCGUUCAUGAUGUACUUGUUUGCGGACUUUUAUCGCAAGGCAUACAAGAAAUCAAGCAAACUCGAGGCAGCGACGAAGAAAUGCAAUUUCGACAACAACAACAAUGUCGGGCGUGUUGAAAGCAGCAAAGGAGAUGAAGUCAAAAAGGGACAAUAACAUUUUUUUUUCUCUUUCAAUAAAACAAAAAAAAAAAUUUUUUUGACAAAUUACAACGAUAUGAAGAUAAGAUGUUAACACAAAACCGUUCGAGGUUGCUUGUGUUGUGUUUUUUUCAGUGCAUAAAUUUAAAUAUGUUUAUUAUCAGAUACAGCGAAUGAAUGAAUAUUUUAUGAAUAGUUUUUUGAUCGUCAGAAAUCCAUGAAUAAAGUAAUGUUGAAGUUGGU